AUGCCAGCUAAAGCCGCCAAGAAAGCCGCCCCGAAGAAGAAGCCAGCCGCCAAGAAGGCCGGCGCGAAGAAAGUUGCGAAGAAAGCCACCAAGAAGGUAGCGAAGAAGGCUGCGCCGAAAAAGAAGGCAGCGAAGAAGAAGGCCCCGGCCAAGAAGAAGGCUGCCAAGAAGAAGGCGCCGAAGAAGAAGGCUGCCAAGAAGGCUGCCCCGAAGAAGAAGUAA